AUGGGAGACAAAGCUAUAUUGACGGAGGUCCUAGAGGCCUCCCGUCUCACCGAAGCCUAUGCAGACCUUACGGCCAAGCAAAUUAUCAAUGAACUACGCCAUGUGACAACUGACGAACCAUCGGUCAGGUAUGCCGCUAUGGAAAAUGAUCGGGCCGAGUUGGGGGAGCCGGAAGAUGCGCGAAGACAUUCAGCCGACGAUGGACGAAAGACAUAUACUGUAGAUGACGCUGUUGAACAUCUUGGCUUCGGGAAAUUCCAGUUGAAACUAUCGGUUUUGACGGGAAUUGCAUGGAUGGCUGACGCGAUGGAAAUGAUGCUUCUAUCGUUGUUAUCUCCAGCAUUGGCGUGUGAAUGGGGCGUCUCACCGGUUCAACAGGCGCUCGUAACCACCUGCGUCUUUUGCGGAAUGAUGUUAUCGUCAACAUUUUGGGGCAAAAUCUGCGACACUUUUGGUAGAAAAACGGGCUUGACCGCCUCAGCAAUUGUGGCUGGCUCCAUGGGAGCUCUAUCCGGAAUGUCACCCCAUUUCUACGUUUUGCUCUUCCUCAGAGGACUAACCGGAUUCGGAAUCGGCGGUGUCCCGCAAUCUGUAACGCUGUAUGCCGAAUUCCUGCCCACUGCCCAACGUGCCAAAUGUGUCGUUUUGAUCGAAUCGUUUUGGGCUAUCGGCGCUGUGUUCGAAGCCCUGCUGGCUUUCGCUGUAAUGGGAACUUAUGGGUGGAGAGUGCUAAUCCUGCUAUCCAGUUUCCCGCUUAUCUUUUUUGCCAUCUGCAGUAUGUGGUUACCCGAGUCGGCUCGCUACGAUAUGGCCUCUGGACAUACCGAAAAAGCGUUGGCAACUCUGAUGAAAGUAAAUUUUAUU